GUGGGCCACGUGCGUCGGUUGACCACGUGGCCCACGUGGGUCGGUUGACCACGUGGCCACGUGGGUCGGUGGCUAUAAAAGUGCGAGAAGUACCAGCGAGAGGAGGGAGGAAGAUUGGAGAGUGACAUCGAUUCUCUGUCAAGAGUUAAGCCCCUUGUGGUCGAGAGAGGAGAGAAUGCCGUACCCACUGGCCAUACACACGUGCGGAGGACAAGGCGGCACCGACUUCAGCUUCGACGGCAGGAACAACGGGGCGACGCUUGAGAAGAUCUGGGUGUGGGUGGGCGGGUGGCAGGUGAAGUGCGUGAAGGCCUGGCUGACCAACGGAACCUCCGCGCAGUAUGGCAGCCCGUCGGGAUCCCACAGCGAGUUCGUCUUCCAGCCCGGCGAGCUCUUCUCGUCGCUGUCACUGUGGGGCAACGGCGCCGGGACGCGCCUGGGCGCCAUCAAAUUCAAGACCAGCAAGGGGCGGGAAUUCUUCGUGAAGAUGACCGACUGGGGGCUGAAGACGGAGUACCCCGUCGACGUCGGAUCGGGGAUCUGCCUCGGGAUUCUGGGCAAGGGCGGCUCAGACAUCGACUGCAUGGGCUUCGUGUUCAUCAAUUCGGUGAAGCGGUCCGAGAUGAUCAACGUGACGUACCCGACGCUGCACCGGGAGCUCCCGAAGGUCCAGAUGGAGGAGAUCAAGUCCAUCAGCUACAAGAACCGGGGCUCCGUCCCGCAAACCUACAAGGUGGAGACCUCCAAGACGCUGACCAAGACCUCGUCGUGGUCGAUCGCGAACAAGCUCGAGGCGACCGUCAGCAUCAGCGUCAAGGCCGGCAUCCCCGACGUCGUCGAGGUGGAGAGCGGCUUCAGCUUCACGGUGGGCACCGAGAGCACCCGCAGCGUCGCGAACUCCGAGUCGAAGACAGAGCUCCUCUCGUUCGACGUCACCGUGCCCCCGGGCAAGACGGUGUCCAUCGACAUCAACAUCGGCCGCGCGGAAAUCGACCUCCCCUACAAGGGCACGGUGCGCAUGACCCUGUUGAACGGCGCCACCUUCGACGUCCCCAUGGAGGGGGUCUACAAGGGCCUCGCCUACACCAAGGCGACGGCCGAAACGCGGGAAAAGUGACGAGGGCCGGCACCCGCCCCCCUCGCGAGGGCCUCCGAGCUUCUUCCACGCUUCUUUCGCGCUUCUUCCGUGCUACUUCUGCGCUUUGCCAGCGGCGCCGCCGCCGCAUGCCAACGCCGCCGCCUACCUGUUCCCUGCGGAGGCCGAGCAUCGCAAAAAAACGGUGCUGAGGGAGGGUAAUUUGUUCGAUGGGCUGCCGGAGGAGGAGGAGCCGAGGAAAAUUCCCCCGCGGCAAAAGCGAAAACGACGAGGGAGAGGAAUAGAAAGAAGAAAAGUGACUAUGACGACGCACGUUGAUGACGACGAUGGCCGAUAGAGUCUGCACUGCCAGCACAGAGUCAAGCGCAGAAUCAAUCAGGUGGACCCGGUCCCCUCAAAGGAGGGGGGGGAGACGUUCGACCGAAAUCGGAGAGCGACGGCCACCACCACCACUGCCACCACCACCACUGCCACUGCCAUCGCCCCCACCACCACCACUACCACCACUCCCGCCACCACCACCACCACUGCCACCGCCCCCACCAACACCACCAACGUACGAAUGGCACCAAACUAAAUAAUAGAGAUGCAAAAACUAUAGGAUGUUCACCCACGUAAUUGACCAAAUGAAUCACGUGCGUUUGGACGGCCAUUUUACUGAAACGCCCGAACACACAAACAAUGACGACGACGACCGCCAUUCGCCACCAAGCGGCGGUGACGUCACCACGACGCUUGUGCCAGGCUAUGUGCACCUUGAGGCCACGUGAAGUGUCGAACGCCCGCUGGCAGGAGGUCACGGGGCAGACCCAGCAGCUGCCAUUGGUGGUACCAACUGAGAUGACCGGUAGAUGCAUCACUGGCUGUAGGGGGGCUACUGUGCCAACUUACUGCAUUUUAUCCGCCCGGCGCUCUGCUCGUUGUUGUGAGCGUCGCUCCUCCGCCCUCCGUUGUUGUUGCUGAAGGGGCGACUGCCUCCAACUGUCCAGUAGCCUCAACGUGCACCUAGCCUGGCACUGCCCAGUAGCAGCAGCCUCCUUCACGAGGCUCCUCCUCCACAGAGGUCGAUCUUGACACCGCUGGUACUGGUCAUCGGCAAGUCCACGCAGACACGCACGUGUGUGUGUGUGUGAGUGUGUGUGCGCGUGUGUGUGUGUGCGAGUGUGUGCGUGUGUGCGAGUGUGCGCGCGUGUGUGUGCGCGUGUGUGUGCGCGUGUGUGCGAGUGUGUGUGCGUGUGUGUGCAAGUGUGUGCGUGUGUGUGCGCGUGCGUACGAGUGUGUGCGUGUGUGUGUGCGUGGACUUGCCUUCAACUUCACACCGCGAAGCGUAAAUCAGGAGGAAGGUGGUGGCCUCAAAUUGGCGACAGCUCCUCCGACGUUGACGUCCAAAACGAGUUGGGGGGGGGAUCCUCCCCCCCUCUUAUCGCGUCCGUCGCCACCAAUUCAGUUAUGAGUCGCGUGCUCUUUGAAUCGUGGUAAAGUGCAUGCAAGCAGAAAGGGGGUCGCGCGCGCGUUUCACUGCACGUGAAUCAUCGGUGCUACGGGAUGGCUG